AUGAAUUUUUGGAGAGUUGAACGAUCUCAAGCACCAUAUGAAAUUUUAAAACCUGAAGAAGCUCGUUAUCAAUGGUUAGAAAAAGAAUUAUUACAAUCAGUUAAAUCUGAAAUACAACAAAGAAUGAGACAACAAUCAAAUACGACCUCACUUAAUCGUGAUCGUAAUCGAACACUUCAAUCAGCAUUUAGUGUACCAAAUAAUAAACACUUACAACUAUCGGAUAAUCUUCAAUCGUUAAAAGUUACCCAAUCCGAUAUGGUCACACGUCAAUCACAAAUAAAUCCAUUAGCAAUUCGUGAAGAAAGUACAGAAAAUGAAAUAUCAUCUCCGUCAAGUGUUACUCUGCGUGUUUCAUCACAUGAAAAUGAUGAUAAUCAAUUAAGUUCUUCACCUACAACAAGUAAUCCAAAUGAAAUAACAUCAACACCAGCAGUUGAUUUAGAAUUAAAUUUACAAAUUCAAAUAGCUAGUGGGUCUUGUAAUCUUUAUACACGUAAUGAUCUUAUUUCUCAUACAUCAUUAACAACGAAUUUAACUAAACAACAAAAACAAACAGCACUUGUUUUAAUUCAAACAAUAAAUAAAAUUGAAUAUCAAGUAUCACAAUUUUCUUUACCGGGUGUUGAUGUCGACGCACAUUAUAAUACAAAACAUCAUAAAAAAACAAAUAAUUCAUUAAAUAAACGAGCUAGUUUUUAUUGUCGUGCUAUGAUACAAUCACCAACAACACCAAUUAUGGUUCAUCCAAUAUUACUUGAUUUUAUCGAACAAACACUUGAAUAUGUUAAAUUACCACAUGAACAACAAAGACGAACAAAUAUACGAGAAGACCAGACACAAGAUCAAAAUUCAGAUGACGAUCAUUUAAAUAACAUGUUUUUAAUCGAAAAUCAAACAUCACCAUCUUCAUUGCCCAUUGACAUUGUUGUUAGUAUAUUUAUUCAACCAUGUAUUCUUCUAUUUACAUGUUUACCAACACAUCCAAUGGAAUGUGAACUUCGUUUACCUGCUGUUGAUGUUGUUUUUUCAUCAAAACGUACAUUAUCAAAUAAUAUAUCAUCAUUAAAAGAUGAAAAUUUAUCUGAAGAUAUUCUAGAAAAUUCUCUUGUUGGUUUAAAUUUUUCAUUAUAUAUGAAAGAUUUUAAAUUAAAUGUUUAUCAUCCAUUUUCUGGUGUACCUAAAAUACAAUUAAUUGAAGAUAUUCAUUCUGGACAAUUACAAACACGUAAUGCAUUAGCUGUUAGUGUACAAUCUGUUUCAAUAAAUAUUUCUCGUACACGUUAUAUAUUAAUUGAUCAUAAUAAUGAAUAUUUAAAUAAUAUACAAUUAUCUAUUAUUGCCCAAAUAUCAAAAGCACAAUUUGAAUAUGAUAUAAGACGUUUUUCAGAAGUUUUAACAUUUCCUAAAAUAUGGUAUAAUCGUUCAUUAGCUCGUCGCCUUUUCUUAGGAGAUGAAAAUUUAUCAACAAGAAUUCCAUCAUCAAAUAAAAUAACAGAAACAAUAACAUCAACAACAACAAAUAAAAUAUUACGUAAACAAGCACGUGUUAUUUUAGCUGUACAAUUAAAAGAAUUACAUGUAUCAAUGCGUAUGUCAAAUGUAAUGGGAAAAGUUGAAUGGAAUACAAAAGAUGUUUAUUCAACAGGAAGUUUAACAUUAACAAGUGAAGGAAAACGAACAUUUUCUCUUUCGAUAGGUUUACAAAAUUCUAUAUUUCAAGCUGAACAAGGUAUUAUUGGAGGUAUUAUAAAAUUGAAAAAUCUUCGAACAACAGGUAUUAUUCAUCAAGAAUUUCGUGAUCGAACAGAUCUUGUUGAUGCGUCUCAUGCCAUUAAUAUUCUUACUGAUGCAAUUGAAAUUCGUCUUGAUUAUAUGGGUUCUCCAACAUUAAUGGGUCGUAUAUGUCAUAUAUUACUUCGAUUAAAUGAUGAUCGUCAUACGACAACAGUAGAUAAAAGUACGAUACCUCCAUCAACAUUAGUUUUACUUAAUCUUAGUUGGUCACAAUUACAUUUAAUGAUAACACGUUCCACAACACCCGAUAUAAUUAAAAUGACUAUGAAAUUAAUUGAAUUUGUUAAUGCACAAAUAGCUAGUUCAAAAAAAUUAUUAGCAUCAAUUCAAUAUGAUUUUCGUGAUGAUACGAAAAAGAAAAAGUCUGAAAUAAAUAUUCAGACAAAAAAAUCUUCUAAUUUACAAUCAAAAUAUAAUAUAGAUAUUAUUAAAAAACAUAUUGGAAUGAAUGGCGGAGAAAUUAUGUUACAAGGUCAUAAUUUAACUUUAGUUAUUUUUCAUGGACUAAAUUUUAAAUCACGCCAAUGGGCUUUAUUUUCACUUAAUGAACCACAAAUCGUUUUUGUUACCGAUCAUGGAGAAGAAGGCGAUAUUAAUCAAAAAUUAUUUUUUUAUUUGGAUCAUCAAAGUCAAACAACACAUUCAAGCUUAAGGUCUCGUACAAAUAUGGCUUCAAUAUCUAAGGUAACACGAAAUAGUACUGAAGCACCAUCACAUUUAACUAUAAAUGAAUGGUUUAAUUAUGCAAGUUCAGCAAUAUCAGCUGUUGGUUUGCGUGAUUUUCCAAUAAUAGAUGAGUCUGAAAUACUACUAGAAAAUAGUCAACUACGUCCAAGACAAUAUGAACAAAGUGCUGAAUCAAUAUUUAUUCUUCCGGCUCUUGAAUUACGUUUUCAAUCACGACAAUUACAAGUUGCAACAAAUGAUAGAUUUCGACAACGAUCAAUGGGAUCAUCAUUUACUUCAACUGAUAGUCAAACAUUACCGCCAUUAGAUGAUGCACGCAGUGAUGAUAUACGUCGUUUUAUUUGUCCAGAUACUAAAUGGAAAUUACAACCAGCAAUUAAACUUCUUACGGCAUAUGGAAAUGAAGUUGAACCAUUUGGUGCUGAUUAUGUUUUACAAAAAUUAGGUUUUCGUCAUGCACGUUUAACUAUUCCAAAAUGGGUACAACGUGGAAUUAUGGAUCCAUGUGAACAAUCAAUGACUAUUGUACAACUGAUUCUUAUUUAUCUUUUACCUGAACGAUUUAAAGAAAUGUGCAUGAAAUAA